UGACACUUGACUUUUUAGAACUCUUCAUUCUUGUGUACAAGACAGUAAACAAUAAACAUUAAUGUGUUUUGAUUAUAUAUAAACAUGAUAGUUUAAACCAUUAUCUUUAAACUAGCUCAGCUUAACGUUCUAUAUUAUAGGUUUAAUUGUUUUUAAAACAAUUUUACGAUGGCGCAUUUACAAUUUGUGGAUGAACUGGUUCGCGAAUAUUUAUUGUUCAGAGGAUUUGCAUCUACCGUAAAAGCAUUCGAGAAUGAUUUGAAGGCUGAUAAAGACAAAGGAUUUAGAGUUGAUAAAAUUGUAGAACAAAUAAUGCAUUAUAUAAACGUUUCCGACUUAUACGGAUUUAAAGACUAUUGGACUCAUCUCGACACUUUAGUUUUUACAAAACUUGAAGUUCAUGUUCAACCUGCUGUUCGUAAAAUUGAAUACAGCCUGUACAAACUUUACUUAGUAAUUGCUGCACAAAGUACAGGAGGAGUCAGAAAUGAAAAAGUUACAGAUUUCUUUUCCAAAAUGCUUCCUGAGCUCCAGGGUCAAAGUGAAUGGAGAGAUUGGUUUAUGUUACCAUACAUUCAAAAACCUGAAGAGAAUCCCUCAUUUAGCUUAUACUUUACAAGGGCCUGGCAAGACAGUGUAUUGGUAUCACUGCACAAUUUACUAGCAACCGUCUUUCAAUGUAUGCCUCAACCAACACUUACAAGUUAUGAAAGUGAUGCAGCAUUAGUAAAGAGACUGCAGGAGGAAAUUUCUACUUUAAAAGGAAAGUCACUACAGCCAAAUGAAAAGAUUUCACCAAGUGGUCAUCAAUCUCGACUAGCUCAAUAUUCAGAGCGGCUAAGCGGCCCUUUACCUUUAAUUGAUGAUUUCUCUGCAAUACCCACAGAGCACUUAGACAGUGGAUUGAGAGAAGCAAAAGGGUUACGUGGUCUAUUGCGUCAAAUGGGAGGUAGCCCUGUUAUGGGCAGAAAGUCAGGAAGAUCACAUAGCCAAAAUUGAUUGUAUUUUAAUUACAUAACAAUAAACACAGUAUUUAGUAUUAAGAA